AUGCCAAGUCUCAUCGCUGGUGUGUCGAUGUCCGCGCUGUACUUCACUGCUGGUUAUCUGCUCAAGAACAACAUGGAGUACGGAAUUCAUACUGCACUAGCCACUUCGGCCGUCUUGUGCGGAGCCGGCAUUAGCAGAUCGCUGAAGGCCGGAUUCAAGCCGGUCCCCGCUUCGCUGACCGUCUUAGGAGCCGUUUCUUCGGCAUACUAUGCCUAUAAAUACACCCAGUUUUACAUGGUAUAUCUUUAUGUCCACAAGGACGACCAGUUUGCCGUAAAGAAGAUUGCAAGGCGCGAAAGAGAGUCUAAAAAAGACUAUUUAAGCCGAGUAAGUAAAGAAGUCCAUCUGCACCGAUCUCUUCCCAAACACCAUAAUCUCGUUGACUAUGUCGAUUUCUUUGUCACAAGAGGCAAGCCGUACUAUGUGAUGGAAUAUCUGCCUGGUGGCCUUAGCAUUUCUCAGAAAGUACCGAAUGUCGAAUAUCAACUCUGUCUUUUCAAACAGUUGGCCAUGGCGGUGUUGUAUCUACAAGAGCAAAAUGUCAGCCAUCGAGAUCUCAAGCUGGCCAACUGCAGACUUACAAGUGAGGGUGUUUUGAAGCUUAUCGACUUUGGCUCGUCCAUACACGGCAACGAGGGCGUCGGGGUGGCCGGAAGCAAAGGAAUGGUGGCACCCGAAGUAUUGCGCGAUAUCCGCUACGAUUCCUUCAAGUCUGAUGUCUGGUCCUUGGGUGUGGUUUUCGUGGAGCUUCUUGGACACCGAACGAGAUGGAAAGAGGCCGUCUGGUACGAUAAGGCCUUUGAACUAUAUAGCAGAAGUCAAAGUGUUGACGAUGUGUCGGACGAUCUCGCCAACUUCCAGCACAUUGUGCUCCCGAUGCUGAAAAUCGACCCCUUGCGACGCAUCACCAUGUCCGAGCUGGUGAAGCUUCCUGCAAUCGUGGAGGUCGAUCAAUGUCGUCCUGGUAAUAUUAUUCACAGCCACUUAUCGGGUCCCUGA